UCGUCUCGUAUUACGUUACGUUUGGUUUAGUUUGUGGUGAGUGUUGUUGUACUGAGAUCGUGUGUUGUGUUUAUUUUGUGUUAUAACCUGUGAUAAUGAGUUUUUUUAAUAAAUCUGUGGAAAUGAGGCGAAAGACAUCUUGGAUGGAGACAGGCACAGCAAUCUUCGCAUUUCUAAACUUUAUAUCCGCCAGCGUCGGCGUCCUGCUAUGCUUGAAUGUGUUGUUCAUGUACGUGUACGAAGCGAUCACGCACACAGACAGGAUCGACGCGUUCAUGUGGUCCGCUUGCAUUGGCACAAACUUCAUCGCUAAUGUGUCUUUGGUGUUCGCUGUGCUGCUUUAUCUUGGCAUAAACCGGAACAAACCAUGUUUCAUACUAGCCUACUUCAUCUUUGGAGUCAUAGUGGUAAUUUCACUAGUCGCCGGACUAGUAGUAAUCAACCAGCAGGAGUACGCAGAAAAGAAGUUGCGAGAAGUUUUCUGCGAAUAUUAUGAGGCCUUUAUCUAUGGAACUGUUGGGAUUUGCAUUAUGUAUGCCUUGCUGCUGACAAUGAUCUGCCGAACCUGGGUGUUGAUGACAUCGUGGCCCUCAGGCGACCGCAGAAUACUAGUAAAUGACUACUACGAAUCAGACUGGAGAUCUGAGUGAUAACUUCCUGGCUAAUACAGAGGUAUAAGCGUAAAAAGUCAAGCAUGAUGAAAAUAUGGUGGCAUGAAUUGUUAACAAAAGGCUGAAGAUGGUUUGCUACUUUGUGUUUUUUCACUUCUGUGUUUCAGAAGUGAAAUAAAUACUUGUUGAAUAACGGCAGUGUAAUGUAAAUAGUAGAAAAUAAAAAUGUUAUAUGUUUGAUGAAUUUCAAUU